ACUAGAGUCAUUGUUGAAAGCGCCAUCUAGGUGUGAUCGUAUGCACUUCAUUAGAUUGUCGAGGAAAACGAAGCUUCGUCGACAAAUUCAUUUUACGAGGGGGAGGAGCGAGCACCAAUUAUCGAUGCGUUAGAAAAUAGGAGGAGCAUUUAGAACGAAUGUUCGCCUUUGCGAUGGUGCGUGCAUUGGUACAGUGCGUGCAAUUCAUAUGCGUGUAGCAUCGCAUUUUUUGAACCAAAUUUUGCAACCACAAAGAUUGAUAGUAUUGGUAAAAUUCCAAAAACUAAGAAAGAAAAUAAAUGUUUGAAAAUAAACAUUCAAAUUUUAGCCAGACAAUUUGGAAGCAAAAACACCCUUUCACUACGCUAUACGUAUAUUGAUUUUAGGCGCUGUGCGCAUGGAAGUCACUGUAAAAAUAAAAUAAACCACUGCAACACAUUUGAUUUUAAUUAUCGAAAGAGAACUGUUGUGCGAAGCAGACACGACAUUAUGUUGCGAUCGAGAGGAACCUGGGAAGUGCAGCAACCGCAGUGCACUGGAAGUGCAUAAGCCCAGUGGGAAUGUUUUGUGAGCCGAGCCGCCUAAAAUGUGUGUCCGUGCGGGCGCGCGCGCGCGCAUUUAUGUUUUUGUGUGUGAUCCCUGUGUGGGGGGAGUGAACAAGCGUGUAACAAUUAAGAAAUUAAAUAAUUAGCUCAUUAAUGUUUUGAAGCGAAUGCUAAAUGCAUGUGGUUCUUGUGUGAAAAGUAAUGGAAAGCGAAAAGUGUGUGUGACCGAUUAGUACGAGUGAGAUUUUAAAAAAAAAAAGGGUGCUUUGAGUGAAAUUGGCAAACAUACGGGAUUCAUUUCACGCAAUCAUGAACUGCUACGGUACGGCCGUGACAGCGGGAACUUAUGACGAGUCGGGUGGUUCAAGUUGCAUCCUUGAAGGUGCAACGGUUGGCCCGCAGGAACAAUUUCACAGUAAGCCACCGCCCGGCACUGUGUGGUAUGAUGUGUCGCCGAGCUGUCCAUCGAACAUUACCGUGCCCAACAAUGAUCUUUCGCUCGGCGGAAACAGUGACCAGAGUAGUAAAGUGAUCGUGCCCAACUGUAACAAUGUGUCUCCGUCCAUUUCCGAUCCAACCGGUCGAUAUUACGCUACAAGCGCCACCGGUGAGCUUUCCCUCGCGCCAGGACAUCAUCCGUUUGGCGGCAAUCGGUUAAUGCCAACCGAUCAUCGAUCCUCGCUGAUCUACGAAGGUAGUAACGUGGAACUUGGGUUCGGUGGCCUAACCAUCGAUGGAGAUGCAACGACCGGACUAAACAACUCGGUCGCUGCAAGUGUGGAUAAAAAAUCGCGACAUGGUGUAAAGGAUCGAUUUUUAAUGAGCAAUUUGCUGCAGUUGAAUAGUACAUCCAGUACAUCGGAUGCUGGUGCGAUGGUACCGCCGGAAUCAACCACAGCAGUGUCGGCAGAUAAAGAUGAGCUGGAAGACAGCCUGCACAAACCCGACAUGCACAUGCAGUCAAAAGCGUGCUCACUGAAAAAACCACGGCGCAAUCGGACCACAUUCACCACCAACCAGUUGACGGCGUUGGAGAAGAUUUUCGAAAAAACUCACUAUCCCGACGCGUUCGUGCGAGAGGAACUAGCGAACAAAGUUGGUCUUAGUGAGGCCAGAGUUCAGGUUUGGUUUCAGAACCGACGGGCAAAGUUCCGCCGGAACGAGCGUAGUGCAACGUCGGGCAGUGGAAGUAAUGCCAAGGCGGAAGACUUCUUUCAUCCCGGUGCCAUUCCCGCAGCAAGCGGGCUUGGGUUUGGGGUAGAAAAACCGGACACACCGUACUCCUUGUCAUUUUCUACGUUGAGUUCUAUCUUCUCUCCUGUCGUAUCACAACUGCAGCAUCAUCAUCAUCACCAUGCGCAUCAUCCCGCCGGCACGGUUAGAAGUGGACAGUUCUAUACACCUUACAAACCUUCGCAGCAUGAGGAUGCUAGCUUCUGCAGUCAAUCGUAUCAAUUUCCGAGCCUAAAAUACCUAAACAAUCUACAACAAACUUAAUGCUGGUAGUAGUGAUACCAAAGAUUAACGGGAAUGGUACAUAACAAAAGGCACAUCUUAGUGGAGAACGUCCGUUUCAUAAAUGCACCUCCUCACAGCGAUUGCUACAUAUUUAUGUUAUUAACAUUACAUUACGACGAGAGGAACGGUGGAAAGGUGGAGAAUUAACACAA